AAAACGACGUCGUUAGCUCUCCCGACCUCUCCUUUAGUCUGUCGUUUUGAAAUCUAAUUGAUCCAUCGAUUUCGUGGAGCGCGAUCUCGAUUUCUCUCUCCGGUAAGAUUGUUCGACGAAGAAGAUGAUGAAGAUGCAAAUUGGUGUGCUGGCGUGUUUGGUGGCUCUCUCUGCGAUUGAAUUCGGAUUGGCUUCUGCUAAUACCGUUCCUGCUUACCUCUGGUCUCCGCAUCUCCAGCGUGAUAAUGGGGAAGUGGAUGAGGGUGUGAAUUAUCAGGUGAUGUCUGCGAAGGAUCUAGUAGGUUCUGUUUUCACACAAGGAGGAUGGUCAAACUUUCUGUGCUCGGAGAAGAAAGUUGAGCAAGCUGUUGACGUUGCACUUGUGUUCAUCGGCAGAGAGCUACUGUCUUCUGAUGUUUCUUCGAAAAGGAAUUCGGAUCCUGCCCUUGUUAACACAUUGAAUAAUCUGUUUACUGCUUCGAACUUCUCAUUGGCAUUCCCAUAUAUUGCUGCGCCAGAGGAAGAAAGGAUGGAGAGUUUGUUGCUUUCAGGGCUUAAAGAAGCUUGCCCUCACAAUGUAGGAGUCAGCAAUAUUGUGUUCUCUGAUUCUUGCUUUGUUGAAGAUGGAACAAUUCAGAAACUCUCAGACUUGCAGUCUUUCAAAGAUCAUUUGCUUGCUAGAAGAGAAACAAGGAAAGAAGGAGAAACUGACUUGGUUGUGCUCUGUUCUGAGGGUUCUGAAUCAAUUAGUGAAUCCGGCCAGUCACAUUCCGAGCGUGAAAGCAUCUCCGAACUUGUUAGUUCUGUAGAACAAUCUGGCAGUAAAUAUGCAGCUCUUUAUGUUUCUGAUCCUUACUGGUACACAUCUUACAAAACUCUCCAAAGGUUUCUAGCUGAAAGUGCUACAGGUAAUAGCACCGUUGGAGUUUCCACAACCUGUGAUGAACUCUGCAAAUUCAAGUCAUCACUUUUGGAGGGCAUACUAGUGGGAAUCGUUUUUCUUCUCAUCCUCAUCAGUGGACUUUGUUGUAUGGCGGGUAUCGACACACCAACUAGAUUCGAGACUCCUCAAGAUUCUUGAGCAGUUGACCCCCUUAAAGAGUCAUCCCCACUCUUUUGCUUUGUUUUUGCUUGUGACGGGUCUUUUCUUCUGCAUAGUGCGUAUGGUGAAAAAGGUAUCUCAAUCUCGAUUGUUACAUCUAAAAACAAAAAUGGAUAUGCGAUUAAAAUCCCCCUUGUAACAUUUAUUCAUCUUGUUUGUGAGUCUUUCCUAAGCGUUAUAAAUUAAUAAUGGAGAACGAGUAAAAGAACCAGAGAUACACUGGAAGAACACAUUCUUUUAUAAAGUUUGUUAUAUCUCAA